GCUACUGUACUGGUGCACUUGAACUGUCAUGUGACUAAUCAGAUAAGGACAUCUAAUCCAAUAAAGAAAGGUGCAGCAUGCUAAACUUGAAGCUGGGUCAAGGUAUUUUUUUCGUGGAAGCCUCACAUAUAGGAAGGAGUAAAUAAAAGAGUGCUCCGUUAUGUCCAUUCUCAAAAUUCAUGCCAGGGAGAUCUUUGACUCCCGUGGGAACCCCACAGUGGAGGUUGACCUUUGCACUGCUAAAGGAUUAUUCAGGGCAGCUGUACCAAGCGGUGCAUCCACUGGAAUCUAUGAAGCGUUGGAGCUGCGGGAUAACGACAAGUCACGCUAUCUUGGCAAAGGUGUCUCACAGGCAGUCGAGCACAUCAACUCAUCUAUAGCACCUGCACUUGUUGGCCAAGAUGUAUCUGUGGUCGAGCAAGACAAAAUCGACCAGCUGAUGAUCGACCUGGAUGGCACAGAGAACAAAUCGAAAUACGGUGCCAAUGCUAUUCUGGGUGUGUCGCUGGCUGUUUGCAAGGCAGGUGCAGCGGAGAAAGGAGUCCCUCUAUAUCGUCACAUUGCUGACCUUGCAGGAAACUCCAAGGUCAUCUUGCCUGUGCCGGCCUUCAAUGUGAUCAAUGGCGGCUCACAUGCAGGCAAUAAGCUUGCCAUGCAGGAGUUCAUGAUCCUUCCGGUUGGCGCCAGCACCUUCAGGGACGCCAUGCGCAUUGGAGCCGAGGUCUACCACAAUCUCAAAAAUGUCAUCAAGAAGAAGUACGGCCAAGAUGCCACCAAUGUGGGCGAUGAAGGUGGCUUUGCUCCAAACAUCCUGGCGAACCAGGAAGCAUUGGAGUUGAUCAAGGAGGCCAUUACCAAAGCAGGAUACACAGACGAGGUUGUGAUUGGCAUGGACGUGGCAGCCUCAGAAUUCUACCGGGAGGGAAAAUACGACCUGGACUUCAAGUCUCCCGACGAGCCGUCUCGCUACAUCACUCCUGAUAAGCUGGCUGACCUCUACAAGAGCUUUGUGAAGGAUUAUCCAGUGGUGUCCAUCGAGGACCCAUUUGACCAAGACGACUGGGCCGCCUGGAAUGACUUCACCGCCGGCACUGACAUCCAGGUUGUCGGAGACGAUCUCACUGUGACCAACCCGACUCGCAUCUGCAAGGCAGUGGAGGAGAAGGCCUGCAACUGUCUGCUGCUUAAAGUCAACCAAAUUGGCACCGUAACAGAAUCUCUGCAAGCGUGCAAGAUGGCCCAGGAGAGCGGAUGGGGAGUGAUGGUCAGCCAUCGCUCUGGAGAGACUGAGGACACCUUCAUCGCAGAUUUGGUGGUCGGCCUGUGCACUGGACAGAUCAAGACUGGGGCACCUUGUCGCUCUGAGCGUUUGGCCAAAUAUAAUCAGAUUCUCAGAAUUGAAGAGGAGCUGGGAGACGAAGCAAUUUUUGCAGGGAAAAACUUCAGACAGCCAUUGGCAGAGUAAAUUUACGCCCCAAACCAGGAAAUGCAAAAAUUACAAUAACUAAAGAUGAAGCGCUGAAAAUCAAAAUGAGUGUUUAUUUUAUUUUUUUAAAACAUCUGUAGUAAAUUAAGAUUUCUUCACAGCUACAAUAUACUAGUGACAAGAAUGCCCGCUCUUGGAGAUAUAGUCAAUAAAAGACUUUAUGACACGA